AUGGCAGCCAAGCUCUUCCGGGUCGCAGAAGAACGUUGCAACUCGCUCCUCUGCGCGCGCUAUUCGCAGCCGAGGCGCAAUGGUGCUCGGAGCGUCCGGAGACGUCGGUGUUUCGGGUGUUUCGGGAAUCUCGGAGGAGCGGAUGAAAUGCCCAGGAACAUGAGCAAAGAGGAUGCCCCGAGCCGGAGCGCUUCUUUGACCUUCACCAUCGACAACAUCCUGAACCUGAAGCAGCGGGACAGGGGGGACAGUGCCGGGACCAAGGAGCGGGGGGACACUGGAUGUAAGGAGGAUUUACGGGCGCGGUGUGAGGACCCGUGGGACGUCCGGAGGAGGCACGGCAGCGGCUCAGAAGAGACAGCGGCAGUGAAGCCCAGGGUGCGGCGCGCAAACCGCGGGGAGGACAGCCCGCCGCGGACCGCUGGCUCCUGUCCCGGGGCGCACAGUGAGCACAGCGCCGAGGACGCGUCCGAGCAGGAGGGCCCAGGGGACUCUAAAGGCAUGGUGAAGAAGAAAACUCGCACCAUCUUCUCCAAGAGACAGAUCUUCCAGCUGGAGGCCACUUUCGACAUGAAGCGGUAUCUGAGCAGCUCGGAGAGAGCGUGCCUCGCCAGCUCGCUGCAGCUCACAGAGACUCAGGUGAAGAUCUGGUUCCAGAACCGCCGCAACAAGCUGAAGAGACAGGUCUCCUGCACGGACAUGGAGGGGUCUCAGCUCUCAGACGCGGGCAAAAAUGUGCAAUUACCCACUUUUUACAAAGACAGCAGCAGCCUGCUGGGAGGAUGCUUGUUACCCAUGCAUUUCCCCGUCAUGUACCCCACUGCAGCCGCCGCGCCUUACAUCUACUUCUCCAACACUGGCAAAUAUUAUGGCCUGUUCGAUGCAGACUGAGGCCGUUUCUCUGUUUGGAAUCGCAAGACAGUGUGUGGACAUUUGGGCAUACAGU